AUGGAGAUCGACUCGAAAAUCAAGGCUUACCGCUUCGUCGGCUAUGCGGCCGUCACCUUCUCGGCUGUCGCCGUCCUCUCCGUCUGCAUCACUUUGCCGAUGGUGUACAACUACGUGCACCACGUCCGCCGCCAGAUGCACAUGGAGCUGAACCAGUGCAAGGGGUCCGCCAAGGACGUCUGGAACAGCGUCUACAGCCUCAAGGAGAUGCCCGUCCACGGAAACAGGACGGCCCGUCAGGCCGGACACGAUGACCAGUGCUCUGGAUGCUGCUUGCCCGGACCCGCCGGACCUCAGGGAGCCCCCGGAAAGCCCGGAAAGCCCGGAAAGCCCGGAGCCCCCGGACUCCCCGGAAACCCCGGUCGCCCACCACAGCAGCCUUGCGAGCCGGUCACCCCGCCACCAUGCAAGCCCUGCCCACAGGGACCCCCCGGUCCUCCCGGACCCCCUGGAGCCCCCGGAGACAACGGAUCGCCUGGAGAGCCCGGAGAGAAGGGACCCGACGCCAACCCCGGACCCCCUGGACCCAAGGGACCCCCUGGACCUCCCGGACCCCCCGGAAACCCCGGAGCCCCUGGACAGCCUGGAGAGCCCGCCAAGGCCGAGCCCGUCGUCCCCGGACCACCUGGACCCCAAGGACCCCCCGGCCCACAGGGACCCCAAGGACCCCCCGGACAGAAUGGAGCCGAUGGCAAGCCCGGCGAGCCCGGACAGAAGGGACCCCCCGGACCCGACGGAGAGCCCGGACAGGACGGAAACCCCGGAACCCCCGGACACCCCGGACAGCCCGGACAGGCCGGAGAGAAGGGUAUCUGCCCCAAGUACUGCGCCAUCGACGGAGGAGUCUUCUUCGAGGACGGAACUCGCCGU